UAAUACAUGUAAAAAAACCUGCACUGUGUCCUGGGCUUAAUGUAGUAUAACGAGAAAAUACCGACGCAUUUAGCAUCAACAAUUUAGUGCGCCGCUGAUAUCGAGCGGUGAUGGUCACACGUUAUGUUCGUUCAUAUAUAGAAAGCAUUACAUUGAUUGGUUUGUGCCGAGAUUUAUUCAAGUGAAAAAAUGGAGAAAAUGCAAGAUAUUAUCUCCAAGCCGAUCCAAACAGUACUUGUGUUUUUUGUGAAUGGAAAGAAGGUUAUAGAAAGCUCUCCGGAUCCGGAAUGGACUUUGCUGUGGUAUUUGCGCAAAAAGCUCCAUCUGACCGGUACAAAGUAUGGGUGUGGCGAAGGCGGCUGCGGCGCAUGCACUGUCAUGGUGUCCCAGUACUUACGAAAUGAAGAUGAAAUCAAACAUUAUGCAGUUAAUGCGUGUUUAACACCAGUUUGCGCUGUGCAUGGCUUAGCAGUGACGACAGUUGAAGGUAUUGGUUCUACACAAGAUCGACUUCAUCCCGUUCAGGAAAGAAUAGCAAAAGCUCACGGAUCACAGUGCGGGUUUUGUACUCCCGGCAUCGUGAUGUCCAUGUAUGCAUUGUUAAGAAAUAAAACUAAAAUAGACUACAAUGAUCUUGAAACCGCAUUGCAAGGGAACCUUUGUAGAUGCACUGGGUAUAGACCUAUAAUAGAAGGUUUCAAAACGUUCACAAAAGGAUGGGAACAAAAUUAUGUUAAAAACACUGGUCUUUGUGCCAUGGGUAAAGAUUGUUGCAAAAUGAAAACAAGCGAAAAGACAGAAAAUCAAAAUUUAUUCAAUAAAUCAGAAUUUCAACCAUACAGUCCUUCACAGGAACCGAUAUUUCCUCCCGAACUCAAAGUAAAAGACGAUUAUACCCAACAUAAUUUAUUAUUUAAAGGACAAAAUGUUACAUGGAUACGUCCAAAAUCAUUAAAGGAUCUUCUAUUACUAAAAAAAGAAUAUCCAUGCGGUAAAAUUAUUGCGGGAAAUACAGAAGUAGGAAUUGAGAUGAAGUUUAAAAACAAAAAAUAUCCUGUCUUAAUAUCUCCCAUGUUUAUCAAAGAAAUGAAUGUUUGUGUCACCUCGAAAACAGGCAUUAAAAUAGGUGCAGCUGUUUCCUUGACUGAAACGAAUAAUUUCUUACGAGAGGAGAUAUCAAAAAAUAAAGAAAAUGCCCAAGUUAUUGAAGCAAUACGAGAUAUGCUGCACUGGUUUGCCGGAAAUCAAAUUAGAAACGUUGCGACUAUUGUAGGCAAUGUGGUAACAGCAAGUCCCAUAUCUGAUUUGAAUCCCAUCUUUCUAGCUAGUUCCUCAAAACUUUAUGUUUCAAGUUAUUUAAGAGGAGAAAGAGAAAUAAUUAUUGACAGCAAUUUCUUCGAAGGUUACCGAAAGGUGGCACUGAAGGAGGAUGAAGUUAUAACUUCUAUUGAAAUUUCUUUCACCAAACAGAGGCAAUUCUUCAAGGCAUACAAACAAGCUAGAAGAAGAGACGAUGACAUAUCCAUUGUUACAGCAGCUUUUAAUGUGGUUCUAGAAGAACAAAAUAAUUUAAUCAAAGAAGUAAAACUGUGUUUUGGGGGUAUGGCACCGACCACUAUUUGUGCAACGAAGUCGUCGGAAAAGAUUAUUGGUAUGCAAUGGGAUAGAAAUUUAUUAAAAGUCGUUUUUGAUUCACUUAGUGAAGAAUUGGAGUUAGAUAGUUCUGCACCGGGUGGUAUGGCUGAAUACCGAAAAUCCCUCUGUCUCAGUUUGUUUUUCCGUUUUUAUCUUUAUGUGAACCAAAAAGUGAUAAAUGGGUUUACCAAAUCGAACACUGAUAUUUGUGGAAUUCAAGAAAUUAGAUGUGGAGAGCCGAAAAGUUCACAAUGUUUCGAAAUUAAGAAUAAUGAUAGAAAGCCAUACGACACCAUCGGUCAACCAAUAAUUCAUACUUCUGCUCUAAAACAAGCUACCGGAGAGGCUAUUUACUGUGACGAUAUGCCAAAAAUCGAAGGGGAAUUGUAUUUAACUUUAAUUUUCAGUGACAACUCGUUUGCAAAAAUUAAAUCGGUAGAUGCUAGCAAGGCCUUAUUAGAACCUGAUGUGGUUUCUUUCAUUUCUGCUCAUGAUUUAUCAGAAGAAUGUAACAAAAUGGGUUCCAUAUUUAAGGACGAGGAGAUAUUUUCAAGAGAAAUUGUAACAAGUAGGGCUUGUGUAAUUGGAGCUAUUAUUGCUAAAUCGGAAAGUGCGGCAAGACAAGCAAAGCAGUUGGUAACUGUGACAUACGAGUCCCUUGAACCUACGAUUAUAUCCAUUGAAGACGCGAUAAAACAUGAAUCUUUCUUUUCUGGAUAUCCUAGAACACUAUCAAAAGGAAAUAUAAAGCAAGCAUUUGACAACGCUAAAUAUGUCCAAGAAGGUUAUAUUAGAAGUGCGGCUCAAGAACAUUUUUACUUAGAAACAAUGUCAGCUUUUGCAGUAAGGAAAGAAGAUGAGUUGGAAAUUAUAGCAACUACUCAAAACCCAGCAGAAAUAGCACAUAUAGUAUCUGAAACACUAUGCAUACCAAAUCAUAAAGUCGUCGCUAAAGUAAAGAGGAUCGGCGGUGGAUUUGGAGGAAAAGAAACUAGGGCUUCGGUGUUAGCUGUGCCCGUUGCAGUAGCUGCUUAUAAAUUAAAAAAGCCUGUAAGAGCUGUUUUAGAUAGGGAGGAAGACAUGCAAGUCACGGGUUACAGGCAUCCAAUUCUUACAAAAUAUAAAGUAGCUUUCAAUGACGAUGGAAAAAUUAUUGGUGUUAUAUACAAUGUCUAUGUCAAUGCUGGGAAUUGUAUGGAUAUCUCAUGUUCUAUGAUAGAAAGAGUGCAAUACCAUUUGGACAAUUGUUAUGUUACACCAAAUGUUGAAAUUAAUGGAUAUUUAUGUAAAACUAAUCUACCAUCAAAUACUGCUUUCCGGGGAUUUGGUGCGCCAAAAGCAAUGCUUGCAGCUGAAUGCAUGAUAAGAGAUGUAGCUGCCAAGUUACGGAAAAGUUAUGAAGAAAUAGUAAGCAUUAACAUGUAUCAAGACGGAGAUCUCACACAUAUUAAUCAAGCUCUUACAUAUUGCACCAUUUCCAAAUGUUGGAAAGAAUGUAUCGAAUCCUCGAAUUAUUGGGAAAGAAAAGCUGCAGUUGUAGAAUUUAAUAGGUGUAAUCGAUGGAAAAAGAAAGGUAUUUCUUUAGUUCCAACGAAAUAUGGCAUCUCUUUCCAAACAGAUGUUUUAAAUCAGGGAGGAGCUUUGCUUCUUGUUUACAAUGAUGGUUCUGUCCUUUUAUCUAUCGGCGGAAUUGAAAUGGGACAGGGUCUUUUCACAAAAAUGACACAAGUGGCUUCAAAAGCGUUAGGUGUAGAUAUUAAUAAAAUUCAUAUAAGUGAAAUGGCUACUGACAAAGUUCCGAAUAGUUCACCGACAGCUGCAAGUUUAAGUUCAGAUUUAUACGGCAUGGCAGUUAUUGAUGCUUGUAAUACUAUAAAACAAAGAUUAGAACCAUAUAUAAGAUCAAACGAGCAUGGUAAAUGGGAGGAUUGGGUUUCGGCGGCUUAUGUGGAUAGAGUUAGUUUAUCUGCAACCGGAUUUUAUGCUUCACCAAAAAUAAAAUAUGACAGAAACACAAAUUCAGGAGAUCUAUUUGAAUAUUUUACAUAUGGUGUCGCAUGUUCUGAAGUUAUAAUAGAUUGCUUAACUGGCGACCAUCAGGUAUUGAGAACUGACAUUGUAAUGGAUAUUGGCGAGAGUUUAAAUCCAGCAAUUGAUAUAGGUCAGAUUGAAGGUGCUUUUAUGCAAGGAUAUGGAUUUUUUACGAUGGAAGAAGUGUUGUUUUCUCCAAAUGGCGAAGUGUUAACAAAGGGUCCAGGGAUGUAUAAAAUUCCUGGUUUUUCUGACAUACCCAAAGAGUUCAACGUCUCUUUACUAAAAGGUGCACCGAAUCCAAGAGCUGUUUACUCGUCUAAGGCUGUUGGUGAACCGCCUCUCUUCUUGGCAGCUUCUGUUUUCUUUGCUAUUAAGGAGGCUAUAAAGGCAUCUCGUGAGGACCAGCACAUGUGUUCAGACUUCGUGUUGGAAGCUCCAGCGACGUGUGCUCGGAUCAGAAUGGCGUGUGAAGAUUUAAUCACAGAUCAGGUCAAGCCAACUAUAAAAUCGGGUGGUCAGCCUUGGAAUAUUUCGGUUUAACGCACACUAAUCUUUGAUAUCUACUGCCGAUUCAUUGAUACAUGUCAUCUCUAUUGUCCUCCUUGUAAAACAUGAGAUAGCAAUAUGUUUUCAUGGAAGAUUUUUCGCAGUAUAAACUCACGGUUAAAAAUUUUGGUGCUAUUUUUAUAAAACAGAUCUUAGGUUACGUAAAUCUAAGUUACAUUUCUUAGUUAUAGCCACAAGGUGCAUUGAACUAAUUGAAAAUUAAUCAAGUGGUGCCAUUCUACAAUAUCUGUGCUAUUAGAUUCCAUGAUUAUAAGAAAUACCAAAGAAUAAUAAUAAUAAAUGCAUUCUUUAUUACUUGCAUUUCGAUAUGAAGCUUUGUUAUAAAAAUUAUAUUUACGAGUGUAAAAAUUCACAAUAUGUACAUACGCAUUUAUCCUAAACAGAACCUUACUAAAUACAGUUAGAUGAAGGAAUUCAAAUUUUUAGACAAUAAAUAAAGUUUUUUUAAGAUAAUGUCUUUAGUAGAACAUUUACUGGUUUGACCAAAGGUUGGCUAUCGGCAAACCACCGGUUUUGUUAGUCUUAAUCCGGAGUACAAACCGGUUGGGUUGGGUAACAUUAAUUAGUGUUUAUAUCAAACAGGGAUUCUAAGGUUGUGAAAGACUACUAAACUAUCCGUCACAAGACCAUUUUAGUAUACAGGUUCACUAAAUAUAUUUGGGCGUAAAUUUUACAUUACCUAUACAACCUGCCACAUUUACUAACUGUUUACUUAAAGAUAAAUCUUCUUUAUUACUUUGUUUAUUAUACUAUGUUGAUUAUAUUAUUAAAAUGAUAACAGUGAAA